AUGGCCGUCGACAGACAGGACAACGGCCGCCCGGAAAGCGCCGCCGUACAGCCAGCAGACGUUGCUCCCGUCGCCGAGGACUAUGGCCAUGACGUUUUAGAUCCAUCCAAAACACAUCGCACCAUUAUCGAAAACGCAAGGGCAGCCGCAGCCAAGGAACAGGGCAUGACUCUUUGGCAAGGUAUCAAGCUAUACCCCAAGGCUGUAGGCUGGAGUGUAUUAAUAUCUACCUGCAUCGCUAUGGAGGGUUAUGAUAUUAGCCUAGUUAACAAUUUCUACGCAUUUCCCCAGUUUACCAAGAAGUAUGGCGAAUAUCAGCCAAAGUCUGGAACUUACGAAGUUACUGCUCCGUGGCAAGCGGGUCUGAGUAACGGUGCAAUGGUGGGCGAAAUCAUUGGUCUUUUCAUCAAUGGCUACGUCUCGGAAAGAUUUGGUUACAGAUAUACAGUCAUGGCCUGUCUUGUCAUGGUAACGGCGUUUACCGCGAUAUUCUUCACUGCCCCAAACGUUGAAACCCUCUUGGUCGCUGAGAUUUUAUGCGGUAUUCCAUGGGGUAUUUUCCAGACAUUGGCCGUCACCUAUGCCUCCGAGGUCUGCCCUGUUGCCCUACGUGGGUAUCUGACCACUUAUGUCAACUUUUGCUGGGGACUUGGCCAGGAAAUCGGCAUCGGUGUCAUUCGCGCUAUGCUGAGCCGUGAUGACGAAUGGGCAUACCGCAUCCCAUAUGCUUUGCAAUGGAUGUGGCCGCUGCCCCUGUUUGUCGGCAUAUUCUUUGCGCCGGAAUCGCCAUGGUGGUUGGUGCGGAGGGGCAGGACUGAAGAGGCCAAGAAAGCGCUCCUUCGCCUUACCAGCCUCGACCGGGAAACAGAUUUUGAUGCCGACGAGACGAUUGCCAUGAUGGUGCAUACGACUGCUCUAGAAGAGAAGAUUACUGCUGGAGCUUCGUAUUGGGACUGUUUCAAGGGCGUUGAUCUGCGAAGGACCGAAAUUGUAUGCAUGACGUGGGCCAUUCAAAACUUGAGCGGAAAUUCAUUUUCCAACUAUUCGACUUACUUUCUGAAGCAAGCCGGCCUGUCAGACAGCGAUGCAUAUUCUUUUGCUCUUGGUCAGUACGCCAUCAACAUGGUUGGCGUGUUUGGGGCAUGGGGUUUGAUGACGCUGGGUAUCGGACGAAGGUCGCUCUACCUAUAUGGACUUUGCGGCCUCUGUACGAUGCUGUUCAUCCUUGGAUUUCUCGGCCUUGUGCCUCACGACCACCGCCGAGCAGGGUCUCUAGCCACCGGCAGCAUCAUGAUUGUUUGGGCACUCUUCUAUCAAUUGACGGUGGGAACCGUGUGCUAUUCUCUUGUAACUGAGUUGUCGUCACGUAGACUCCAGAUCAAGACAGUCGUGUUGGGGAGAAACCUUUAG